AUGAAAUUCGCUGGUAUAGAUCAGAAUCUUAAUACUUGUCUCGGUCUAAUAAUCUUGAGGCUCAACUCUUUAGGUGGCAGGCUUUCCGAUUUUGAUUUCUCCGGUUUCAGUCAACUCACCAAAGUUGACCUUGCCGUAAAUCAAUUCAGCGGGGUGCUACCUAAAAGCCUUUUCUCAUGCAAAUCACUUACCGCCAUUCGGCUAGCAAGAAAUAAACUAGUGGGGGAAAUCUCACCUGACAUACUUGAACUGCCAUCACUGUCCUUUCUCUCGCUUGCAAGGAAUACCUUCAAGAAUCUUAGUCAAGCAUUGAAUAUUCUUAGCCGUCAUGAGAAACUCACCACUCUCCUCCUCUCUUACAAUUUCUUUAAUGAAACCCUACCAGCUGUAGGAAUUUCAGGGUUUCAAGACCUUAAGGUCAUGGAUCUCGCUGGUUGCAGGUUGUUUGGUCAAAUUCCAAUUUGGCUGAUGUCACUAACGAACCUUGAGUUUAUCGCCCUCUCUGAUAAUAACAUCAGUGGCAAAAUUCCUGGCUGGUUACAAUAUCUUCCAAAUCUAUUUUAUCUUGCUUUAAAUAACAAUUUACUCUCAGGAGGUUUGCCUGUAGAGCUUACUAGACUUCCAGCACUUGCAACACAUCAAGUUCUGGAUCAAGUAAAAAAUGAUAACUUUGAAUUACCUGUGAUCAUUGUACCACUAAAUGCUUCUAAUUGGCAGUAUAAUUGUCCAGCCUCCAUACCCCCUAUGCUGGACCUUUCUUACAAUAACCUGAGUGGAGACAUACCAGUUGAGAUUGGCAAUAUGAAGUCUAUUCAAGCUCUUUAUCUGAGUAAUAACUAUUUCUCUGGCACCAUUCCCAGUUCAAUUUCAAACCUCACAAACCUGGAAGAACUAGAGCUCUCUCACAAUCUUUUAUCUGGUGAGAUCCCAACGUCCCUUACAAUCUUGAACUUUUUGUCUUCUUUCAAUGUUGCAUACAACAAUCUGCAAGACCAAUUGACUAAACAAGGGUUUGUGAUCAAUGUUAGUGGAGAUACUUGCAAGAUCGUUCCAAUGUUCGAAACAUUGAAUGAUCUUAAUGCAUUACCUAUGUCAACGAACAAUGAAGAGGGCAUAAUUCGUGAAAUGGAAUUAGAAAAAACAUUUACAGUAGAAAAGAAUGAGAUGUUAGAAAAUUAUAAGAGUGUACACAUGAAUGCUUAUCAUGAAGAACUUGAUCAAGAUUCUAAACAAAAUCUUGAUGCGAAGAAUGAGGUUGUGGGGCAAAAUAACUUCGUAACUUUCACAGAUUGUGAGUUUCAUAGAUUCUUUAGAUGA